AUGGGGGUAUCAAGUCUAGAAGAUAAUUUGUUAAAGAUCUUCAAAGAUAUAUACAACUUCAAUACGGAAUCUUAUACGAUCCCUACGGCAAACUGCGCAUCUUCCCUGCAGAUUAAGCUUGGCACCUGGUCUCAGCACUGGGCCCGACCGGAUGUCCUUCGGAUUUACGUAUAUUCAGGACAUGCUGGACCUGCUAGCACAACUGAUAAUCGCUGGUACAUAGCUGGAAGGGCCGGUCCCAAUGGUAUCGUAGGCCCCAGAAUUUACUGGCAAGGUAUACGCGAUGGAAUCGAAAACUGCGCCGGUGAUGUGUGCUACAUUCUUGACUGUUGCUCUGCUGGCUCUGCGGCCACGUACGAUGGUCCAGAGAUACUUGCAGCAGUAGGCUGGGAACAAAUCGCCAGUAGUAGUCUGGCCUUCUCCUUCACGCAAACAUUGAUCGACAAGCUCCGCGAUUUGAAUGGACAGCCAGCCACUCUAGCCAAUCUCUACUCUAUGAUCCUUCGUGACUGUGUACGCAGUCAGAUUGGAGCGUAUCCUGUGCACAUACCCAAGAAAGGACGUUCAAGCAUCGUUCUGAGCAGAGUGCCAGGUCCGAGAUCUAGCGAUCCUCAGGCGGCUGCUUCGAUGCAAAAUUUACUUCGACGCUAUGGAAGGUCGGAACACCGAGUGUUAUUGAGCGUUCAAUUCCAACACGAUAUUCAAAGACCAGAUGUGCGAUGGAUGGCGUGGCUCGCAAACAAUCUUCCUCCCGGACUCCUCUCUGUCGACAUUCAAAUCGAGGCUUAUUUCCAGGGAUCGAAUCUACUUCUUGUCACCGUUCCAGUUGAGGUCUGGACAAUGCUUCCGGCAGAUAACAGCGCGUUUAACUUUGUCGGGCAUGUUAGUUCAAAUAAUAUCUUGCCUCAGAUGAUGAACAACAUCUCCUCCUCGUUGCCCGUGAGGAAAUAUACAAAAUGA